AUGGCAGUUUACGCUGCGCAUUUGACCCGCACUUUACAGGGGACACCGUCGGUCUUUCAGGUGACUGCGCAAGAGGCCCUCGGGUCUACAGUAAAGCCCGCGCUACGAAAACUUGUCGAAUAUUUAGCAGCAGUAUAUCCUGACAAGCUUAGCUGGAGUGAGCGGUGGUAUGAUGAGCUGUACCUACUGUUGGACUGUAUAGUUCAAUACCAUUAUCUCAAACAUUACGCUGCUUCGUUUUCUGAGAGCUUCUAUGGCUUGGUGAGGUCGCCAAUAAAUCCAAAUCAUGAGUUCAAUUCGGGCCCACGUUUACCACAUAACCUUGAGCAAGCCUCACUAUUAUUCCUAGUAGGACUACCUUAUAUGAAGGAUAAGAUUGAUAAAAUAUUAGAGAGAUGGAGAGAAGAACUUGAUGAAGGACGCCUUGGUAAGAGUAAAGCAGAUCAAGCUCGUAAAGCAGCCAUCAGACUGUACAUGAUAUCAAAUUUUGUGAGUGAGGUCAGCAAAUUGGUGGUAUUGGCUCGAUACUUGACUGGCAAGAGCCUGUCUCCUACAUUGUCACUGCAACUUUUAGGGUUGACAUUAAAAGAUGCACCCCCAGAAGAGCCUGAUGAUAAUACAUGGGGGGAUUUGUUUAGAAAUGUAUUGACGGGACAGUUUAGCAGUGCGGUGUUAUCCUUUCGAAUGUGUGUCUCAGCGUGUAGACUUCUUAUGGAACGUGGUGCGUUCGUGGUGCAACUGCUCAGAUGGUGGGAGUCACGUGCCCCCGCAGCUAGUGCUGCGCUACCACCACCACCGCCACCUCAAGGAAGGAGAGAUGAGUCCCGUUGGUUGAACGCAUGUCCUAUUUGUCAUCAAUCGUGGAGGGUGCCGACUGUGUUGCCAGUGUCAGGUUAUGUGUUCUGCUACACGUGUAUCUCCCGUCAUUUACGUCGCUCGGGUUCGUGUCCCGUAACGAGGCUGCCAGCCAGCGAGCGAUCACUGGUCAGGCUAUACCUGGACUUGUGA